AGAGAUUUAAAACUUUAUUGUGAUUUUUUUUUGAGAAAGCAAAAUGUAAGAACAUAUAGGAUACAAAAAAAAAUGUAUAUCAUGUUGGUCUACCAUCUGAGAAUGGCAAAUCCAGAAAGGAUGAAAGAAGAGAUGAUCAUGACUAUAGACAUCCCUGGAAAACAAGAGGCUUCUCCUGUCUGUGUAGACGACUCUGAUUCGUACUGUGCGGAGGCGGUGAACGCAGAGGAAAGCGUCAUUGUGGUGAAAAAGGCCAUGGCUGCGUAAUGAUUGUAGGAAGCCAUAGCUGUUUCUCAAUCUGACCUCUCAAACAAAAAAACUCUGGCACACCUUUGGCUUUCGGCUAUUACCAACUGUCAGUUUUUAUAGUGACAAACAUGUUCGUGACGACGUGAGGAGCACAAUAAGAAGCUGUUGAACAAAGUCUAUCAAGCAAUGGAGGAGCAUUACCUCAAAAUCCUCAAUGCUCAAAACUCAAAAGCGAAAAGACUAGUUCAAACCCAAAGGGAGGUGAUAAUCGACUAAAAGCCCAAUAGAGAGGCCCCGAGCCCGGUGAGAGUUUAUAAGGCCCAAUUCGUUUCAUGUGUACUAUUGGAAUGAUCAGUCUUGUGAUUUGCUUGUUAUAACAGAAUUAGAUUUGUCCGCCAUUUAUACAGAACACAAGGAUAGAGAGAAUCGAAUUUAGUUAGCUUCGGUAUGUGAAUAAUGUGAUGCAUGAAGAUUGUGUGCUUUGAGUUGUAGUAUGAAUGUAUGUUCUAUAAUAUCUCACCAACAUUUUGAUUUUAUCAAUGCUUUAUCAGUUGACUAGUUGAGUAGGGCAUGAUUUUAUUUUCUUAGAAACGUUUAUUUGAUAAACAUUGUCUUUAUUUUCAAGAUGAUGGUUCUCUACGGUUUUGAUGUCACGUGAAAUUUAUGUGAAUUUCCCCUAAAAUUAACCGAGAACGUUCAUUCACCUUGUUGUACACAUUAUCUUUAUUUUUCAUUGUGUGCUUUAAUAUGGGAUGUCUCAUCAACACUCUGAUGUUAUAUAUCCUUUAUCAGUUGAGUAGGGCAUGAUUUUGUAUUCUUAGCAACGUUUAUUUGAUGCACAUUAUCUAUAUUUUCACGAUAAUGGUUUUAUAAGGUUUUUUUGUCACGUGAAAAUUUAUGUAAAAUCCCUAAAAUGAACAGAGAAGGUUCAUUCACCUUGACCAUAUUCAUCUUAUGUUUGGAUUUCAUAUCCUCUUUUUAUAUAUGCUAUGCUUUCGAUGCUAUAAAUUUUCUUGUCUCAUCAAUCCUAUAUUAUUCUAUCAUGUUCCAUAUUUUUGUCGAAGGAUCUUCAAUCGCUUAUAGAUAUUCUUUAUUUAUUAGAUUCGGUUGAUUGUGUCGUAAAGUGGAAGUUGCUUCAAAAUCAACAUGUCUUGUAUUACUGCUUUCUCUUUUGUCGGCAAAUACAAUAUUACUUUAGAUAGUGAAAAUUGGUUAUUAGUUGUUAUUUAGAAAGAAAUAAAUUUUUAGAUAAUUAAUCAAAAAAAUACUCGUAAGCUAAACCUUAUGUAAGUUUAUGUAUAUGAUGCUUCAAACACACGUGUGUGGUGUGGGGGUGAGAGAGAGGUUGGUCUUGUUCUUGUCUUUGACUCUAACCAGUCUUUUUCGAUGCAUUUUUCUUCAUUCACAAGUCUAUCAUCAUGUUUUUAACGAAGACAUGUUUAUUUAUUUUUAUUUUAUGCACCUCUUGCUUCUUCUUCACAUCCCUAUUUCUUCUCUCUCUCUACUCUACCCAUCAAUCUCAACAAACACUUCUCUAUCUCCUUUUCAUAUCCAUUACACAUAUUCAUAUCAUUCCGAAGCAAUCCCCACAAAUCAUAUCAUCCUCUCCAUCCAUCCUUUCUCACAACCUCUCCAAAUUCUAAAUCUCUUUCUUGUGUAGUCUUACUUCAAAAAGACUCCACAAGUUUAAAUGAUGAUGAGGAAUCAGGACAUUACUACGAUCAGAGACAAGAACAAGGCAAAUAAUGCAUGUGGUGGUAAUAACAACAAACCGAAGCUAAGAAAGGGACUUUGGUCUCCUGAUGAAGACGAGAAGCUCAUAAGGUAUAUGUUGACCAAUGGACAAGGGUGUUGGAGUGACAUUGCUAGGAAUGCUGGUCUCUUACGUUGUGGCAAAAGUUGUCGCCUUCGUUGGAUCAAUUACUUGAGGCCUGAUCUUAAACGUGGCUCUUUCUCUCCUCAAGAAGAAGAUCUCAUCUUCCAUUUGCAUUCCAUUCUUGGUAACAGGUGGUCUCAAAUAGCCACUCGGCUUCCAGGAAGGACAGACAACGAGAUCAAAAACUUUUGGAACUCGACAUUGAAGAAGAGGCUUAAGAACAACAACACUUCUUCAGGUUCAUCACCUAAUAAUAGUAAUAGUAACUCUUUGGAACCAAUAGAUCAACAAGUGGACAUGGGAGGCAACUCAAAUCCAAUGAUGAAUAGCUAUCAUCAUCAAGAUGACAUGAUGAUAGUGGGGAACACCAUGCACAUGGACUCUUCCUCAUUUUAUGCACCCGUGGUUAGUGGUGUGGGAUUAAACCAACUUGAUCCAUUGAUAUCAGUACCGGAUCAUAGCCGAUAUCAACAAAUGGGAAACACAGGGAACAACAACGUUAAUGGGUUAGGAGAUUAUGGAAGCGCAGUUCUUGAUCCGAUCAGCAAUAGAGCAUCAGUAGAAAAUGAAUGGUUUCUUCCACCGUCCGAGAAUACCAAUGGCAUUGCUUGUGCCACAAGCAACAACCUAAACUUAGAAGCCCUUGAUCUUUGCUUCAGUAGCAAAAAUAUGUGUCAUUCAGAAAGCUUCAAAGUAGGGAACAUUAUGGGUAUGGAGAAUAGUUCUUGGGAAAUAGAAAACCCUAAAAUCGGAGAUUGGGAUUUGGAUAGUCUCAUCGAUAACAACUCUUCUUUCCCCUUCCUUGAUUUCCAAGUUGAAUGACAAUAUCCUCUCUCGCAUUCUAUCUUCUUUUUUUACUCAUUCGUCCUUAUUCAUUCUUCUAUACAUAUUUUUUUCUUAUAUAAAUGACGGUAUAUUCAUCUUCAGAGCUCGUUUUGAAGUUGGCGAUCUCUAUUCAAAGAGUCAUUUUUCUUUUUUUUUAGCAAAAAGUCUUCUUUCCAUAAAAUUUGGUCUAUUCUCUUGUCCAUCUAUGUCCCCAUCACAUGUCUAUUAUCCACAAUAAGAUUGUUCUUGGAAGCGAGAUGUAUAUGCAUAUAUAGUUUAUAAAUAUAGGACGAGAGUUACCAUGCAUGGUUCCUUUAGUACAUGAAACGUGAAUAGGAAGGGUACAUUGAGACUUUAUUUGCUGCGGAAGUACUUAAAUAAUGUGGUCCACGCAAUGAGUUGAUUAGUUGGUUUAUUUGUAUAGCUUUCUCUUUGCUUUUCAAUUCUUUUUUUUUUGUACAAAUCCGAGUUUGAUGUGUAAAACACGGUUCGUAAUAAUAAAGCAUUAUAUCUUUCAUU